AUGCCCAGUGUUUACAGAUUUGUAGCUUUAUCAUUUUUAACACGUCCAUCACGAAAAAGUUAUAGCUGCCUUGGUGAUGUUUUCAAAGUAACAACUGACGAUUUGGGACCUCAACCAUAUUGUGGUUCUGGAAGAAUCAAUUUUGUAUCAAGUGACAAUAAUUGGAUUAAUGUUACAAUGGAUUCUGUGCAAUAUUCUAAUGGUGGAAGUUUUAUGUGCUCAGUAUAUACUAUCGAGGAAGAGUGUCAAUGUGGUUGGCGUAAUCGAAGAAGAAUUGUUGGUGGUAAUGAAACUGGAUUAAAUGAAUAUCCAAUGAUGGCUGGUUUGGCUCAAAGAUCACCAGGAUCACAUAGUAGAGAUGAAAUUGAUUGUGGUGCAACAAUUAUUAAUAAUUAUCAAGUCAUAACUGCUGCACAUUGUAUAAGUGGACGAGACAUUUCCUAUUACGCUGUUGUUAUUGGUCUUCAUGACACGAAAAAUCCAACAUUGACAGGUGAAACGAAAUUAUUUACAAUUAAAAAUUAUAUUGUUCAUCCGAAAUAUAAUAAAAAUACAUAUUCAAAUGAUAUUGCAAUCAUUACAAUUAAUGGUUUGAUUACAUUUAAUCAACAUGUUGGACCAGCAUGUUUACCUUUUCAACAUAACAGAUAUUUAUUUGCUAGAAAUAGUGUUACACUUUUAGGAUGGGGAACACAAUCAUUAGCUGGUGCAGCAUCAAAUGUUUUACUCUAUACAAAUGUCAAUGUUGUGACAAAUGAAGAUUGCAACUCAAAAUAUCCAAAUAAAAAUGUCGAUGAUACACAAUUAUGUACUUAUGCUCAAAACAGAGAUUCUUGUCAAAUGGACAGUGGUGGGCCAGUAUUGUGGGAAAAUCCAAUGACAAAGAAAAUUGUACUUGUUGGAAUAAUUAGCAACGGUGCUGAUUGUGGUGGAUCAAAACCAGGUAUUAAUACUCAUGUAGAAUCAUUCAUAGAUUUCAUCAAGUCUAACAAUCCUCAAGGAUGGAAGUACUGUGAAUCUGAAUGAUUUUACAUUCCUUCCUGAGACAACGAUUUC